UGACUCCAGAUCAGAAGGUUGCGUGUUCAAAUCACGUCGGGGUCAAUUAAUACUUUGUUUUUGCUUCUCUAUGAAAGUUUAUUUUUUUAAGUGAAAAUUAUGUGUAUAUGAAUAAAAAUAGUUGUAAAUAUAGUAGUUAUUAAUAGAUAAACUGAUAUUCUUAAAAUUCUAAUUUUCUACAUUGUGUAGGUUUCAUAAACACAAUGGGUAAAGAAACUGAUUCUGAAAAUUCAAAAAAAAGAAGAAAAUCAGUUAGUGGAAAUUCUGGAAUAUCUUUUAAAGAUGGAGAUACAUACAAGGCCAUAAUCAGUUAUGAAGAGAAAGAAGCCACAGAAAGGUUAUCAGAAAAUGAUUCUGAAAACUUUUUAUCAACAUGUGACAAUAUACGUAAAGCUAUGAAUAAAAUAGCAAAACUAAAAAUAAGUGGAGACAUAAAUGCUAAAGAUGAGAUACGUGAACUUCAAAUUCAAACAUCUCUAGCAUUUAUUGAACUUAAGAAAUUAAAUAGAAUGGAAAAAUUUCGUACAAAAUUUGCAAGAGAUUCUUUAAUGUCUUCAAAAAGUAGUGUUGACAGUAGACAUUUGCAUUUACAGAAUUUAUUAUAUGAAGUGAUGCAUUUAAAGAAAGAAGUUAUUAAAUGUCUUCAAUUUAAAUCUAAAGAUGAAUUGAUACAACUUGUAUCAGAAGAAGAAUUUUACAAAGAAGCACCUGAAAGUAUUUCUAGACCUGACAUAACAAAACAUAAUCCACACCAACUGAGGUUAGCUUGUUUGGAAUGGGAAUUAACACAAAGGAAACAAUUAGCUGCUUUGUGCGAUGAAUUGACAGAAAGUAAAAAGGCUGUAGCAUUGAGUAUAGAAUCUAAGCAAUCUCGACUUGAUAAUCUAGCACCUCAACUUAAUUCAAUAUUAGAAGCAAGUAAACCACUUCAAGAAAGUCUUGGUUUACCACUAGACAAAAUUAAACAAGAACAUCACAAAGCAACAUUACUUGCAUCACCAUUAUAUGUUCUUUAUGCAAAAGCAUCUGCAUAUAGAGAUGCAUAUGAUAGUAGUAUAAUUGUAAAAAUAGAAGGUGAUGAAGAAGAAGCAAAACGUGCAAAUAAUCAAGAGGGAUUACAAGAAUCUGAUUCGGAUCCUGAAACUUUAUCUGAAAGCAUUACAGAAGAAACUCAUAUACAUAAAAAGAGACAUCAUAGAUUAUCUAGGGAAGCCAGACAAGAAGAAAAAAGAUUAAGUCUGCUCCAGAGACACCCCUUAAAUGUGAAAAUAAUUAUUAAAUUAAAAAAUGAAACAAAGUUGACAUUACAAUUUUUUUAUAUAAUGUUUCUAAAAGUAGUUACUGUAGAAUCAAAAUUAAAAACUGAGGGAGUUGGAAACAAUAGCACUGGAGAUAUGCUUGUAUCAGAAUCAAUUUUACGGGAAUUAUAUCCGAGAGAUCUGGGAUUGGAGAGUCCAAAUCCUGCUAAUUAUUAUCAAUUAAGUCGAUAUAAUUUGGGUCAAUUUUCAUCACUUGGAUUAGGAAUUCCAUAUAAAUGGGCUCAAAGAAUGGCUGGUUUAAAUUUUAUUUCACCAGACACUCGAGAACAAAAGAUUACAAGUUAUGAAACUGCUCAAGAUAGCGUUGAAAGUGUGCUAAGAGAAAUUAAAAGGCGCUUGAAAGCUAGGUUGGAAUUAUGUACCGAAAUUCGACAGUUGGAGUCUGGAAAUCUAUCUGUUUUUACUAAUACAAACGAUGUUUUACCACAAAAAUGUAAUACAACUCUACAAAAGUUUACAACAAUGUCUUGGAACGCGUAUUCAAUGUCUACUAACCCUGCUCUUCAAGAACAAGGAUUAGUUUCUCCAUUAGAUAUAUUCUAUGAAGCUGUACUUCGCCGUGGGAAUAAUGAGUUAAUUGCAAAAAUCGCUAUAAAACCUGAUUAUCCAAAGAUAGCGCCAGUAUUUGAUAUAAGUAUAAACCCUAUGGUAUCAGUUUCUAUCGAUGUUUUACGAGAUAUUGAAAGGGAAAUAAACGUCAUGUGGAUAAAACCGCCAACCUUGUCUGCACAAUUACAGCGACUAAGAGCGUGUUUCGACAUUUAUCUGGAAACAGAAAAUAUAGUACCCAAAGAAAAAAUUUUCUUCCAUCCUAUAAAGGGUCGCACUCGUGCUAGACCUUACAAAUACUUAGAAUUAGGGGGUGGAAUUUUUAUUCAUCGUUAAUUUACUAUAAUACAAAUUAUUAAAAGUAAUUGUAAUGUACACGUUCCUUAAAUAGAAGUUGAAGUGAUUGAAGAUAUUGUGGGACCUCCAGAAAAUAUUAUAACGUGAGCCUGCAACUUGUACCUCAGUUUUUUGUUUUCUAAAUUAAGCUUUUUGCAUUUAUUUUUUAAUAAAAUGUUACUUGAUACGAUGUGAUUAUGCUUUUUCCAAAACAUAUCAAUUUUAUCAUGUGAACUAGGAAGCUAUAACAGUUUUUCUAUUUUAGAAUAUGGUAAAAAAAAUUUGUGUAUUAUCUUAUAUGUAUGUAUAUAUAAUUGAAUUACAUAAAUGAUUUACCUCAU